GGUCGCUUGGGUCGGUUCAGCUCUUGUCGUUUCCGUCACCGCAAGCCGCCACAAAUGCAGAUUUGGGCUCUCCGCCGCUGCACAAGGCAUUGGGCAUAGAUCGCUCGCCUGCCUGCAUCGCUGCUCAGCAUGCUUUCGUUCCUCGCCGCCGCCUGGCACUUGUUUUGCGACGUUCUGCAGUUCUGGGGCCACAAAUCCCGGACGUAUCUGUUUAGCCCCUCGCCUGUCGAGGUCUGGUCCCGCGCCCUCCGCGAGGCGACCACGUAUGAAGAGUGGAGGGAGGCCGCCGUGAAGCUCGACAGUCUCCUCGGGCUCGACAUCUGGCGCAACGAUCCCACAAGCUCCGACUACGACUAUCGCCUGAUUGUUGAGCGCCUUCGGCUGAUCUCGGAGGCACAGAAGGCCGGCGACGUCCACGCCCUGGUCAACGCGCUGCGCACCGGGCUUGUCCGGAACCUGGGCAACAUCACUAGCCCCAAACUGUUCAACUGCUGCUUCUCCGGCACCAAGGUCCUCAUCGAAGACUACGUGGCACACUAUGUGGACGCGAUCGAGGAGCUGGCCGGGCUGCCUCCGCCGGCGUUCGGGGGGGAGCUGCUCGAGGGAGGCACUUUUCCAACGCCAGAGUACGAGGACGGCGAGAUCAGCGGCGUUGACCCUCUCGAUGUGACAACGAUCGUCAGCGACGAGAGACCUCGUGCUCGCCGCCCACGCGAAGGGGGCAUGGCGAAGGCCGUCAUGUCGGCUCAGCACAAGCUCGAUUUCAUCCAUGACACUAGUCAGGCAUUCGGGAGAAGCGCGCUUGUGCUCCAGGGCGGAGCCAUCUUCGGGCUGUGCCAUCUGGGCGUCGUCAAGGCACUGCUGCUUAGGGGGGUGCUGCCGCGCAUCAUCGUCGGCACUGCCACCGGGGCGAUGAUGGCCGCCCUGGUGGGCGUCCACCCGGAGGACGAACUCAUCCGCAUCCUGAACGACGACGGGAUCGACGUCUCUGCGUUUGCCAGCAAGGGCAACGACCCCGAAAAGCACAACGAACGAGUCAGGCAGUCGGUGUGGACCCAGUGGGCGACUCUGCUACGGCGGAUACGCCGGUUCAAGAGGGAGGGAUACUUUUUGGAUGUCAAGGUCUUGGAGGAGUGUGUCAGGGCCAACAUCGGCGACCUGACUUUUGAAGAGGCAUAUAACCGCAGCAGAAGGGUUCUCAACAUCACGGUCGUCACGGCCGGCCAGAGGGGCAUCCCGACCCUCUUGAACUAUGUGACCGCGCCUAACGUGCUGGUCUGGACUGCCGCCGUGGCUUCCAACGCCUCGUCCUCGACGUUUUACGGACACCGCCAGACCAAGAUCCUCUGCAAAGAUGCGCAUGGAAACAUCACCCCGUGGGCGCCCACCGACACGGACGACUUCCGGCAUUGGACGUCGGGGUCGUACACGGACCGCAACGCACCGCUGCAGCGCGUGGCAGGCCUGUUCAACGUCAACCACUACAUCGUCAGCCAGGCGCGGCCGUACCUCAUCCCCUUCCUGCAGAGCGACAUGCACGGGCCGUCAGCCAUAGGGAGGCGCAACCGGUUGACGGCGGUCAAGGUGUUCGCGAUGCGCAUGCUCGGGCUCGAGGUGCGCCACCGGCUGCGCCAGCUCGACCAGCUGCGGCUCCUCCCGCCCUCUAUCCGGCGCUUCCUCGUCGACGAACACCUGCCGGGCCCCAGCAUGACGCUGGUGCCGCAGAUCUCGCUGCGCGACUUCCCGCGGCUCGUCGAGACGCCGACGCGCGAGACGCUCGCGUACUGGACCCUGCGCGGCGAGCGCAGCGUCUGGCCAGCCGUCGCGGCCCUGCGCGUCCGCUGCGCCAUCGAGAUGGAGCUCGACCGCGCCCUCCAGGCCGUCCGCCGCCUCAAGGCGUCCGACCUCCGCCGCCGCGCCAGCGAGAUGUCGGCGCUGCGCGAACAGCUCGACGCCGAGGCCAACCGCGGGGAGAAGAACAGGCAGGGGCAGCUCUAGAGGAGGCAGUACCGUCACCGCCGCCACUUCUACCAGCAACAGCAGCA